AUGAUGACCAAUGCAAUUAUUCCUCCCGUCUAUGGGUUAUUAAUUGGUAAAAAUUCAGAAGAUUAUAAUUUAUUUUUCGAAAAAGUUUUAGCACAAGACAACUUCCAACCUGAAUCAAUUAUGACUGAUUUCGAAACUGGCACAAUCAAAUCAGUGAAAGAUAUGUUGCCAAAUGUGUUACACAAAGGUUGUCUCUUUCAUUUUUCACAAGCGGUAUGGCGACAAGUUCAAAGCAAAGGAUUAACAACCAAAUAUAAUGAGGAUGAGUAUUUUCGCUUAAAUGUAAAAAAAUUAAUUGCUCUUGCUUUUGUUCCACUAGAUCAAGUUAUCAUUGGCUUUGCCUUAAUUUGUGAUCAAUUCGACGAUGACGCCGACGAUUUACUCGAUUAUUUUGAAAAAACAUGGAUUGGAGCUGGUCGAAAGAAUCCUCAAUUCGAUCAUAAAUUAUGGAACGUUUAUGAUCGUGUCGUCGCUACGAUACCUCGAUCCAAUAAUUCGGUGGAAGGUUGGCACAAUGCAUUUGCUAACCGUGUUGCAUUAAAUCAUCCAAAUAUUGUGAAAUUGGCGGAGAAAAUUCGUCGUGAACAAUCAAAAUUUGAAGUGGACAUGGCGAAGAUUCUUCAAGGUCACAAUAUUAAGGCGAAAAAGGCCUGCUAUCGAAAAUUGGACGAACGUAUUAAUCGACUGGUCAACGGAUUCGACGCAUCCCAACUGGAUGAAUUCUUAAAAAAUAUGGCAGCCAAUGUUACUCUUUAGGUAUUUUUUUUUCUUUAAAUUACUUUCUUUCUUUAGUUUUUUUUUCUUUAGAUUAUUUUUUUUUCUUUAAAUUAUUUUCUUUUUGAUUCUUCUUUCUUUUUUGGUUUUUCUUUUUUGUUUUGUUUUGAAUUUGUUCAUCAUUAUUUUUUAUAUUCUGUGCAAAAUAAAUAUGAGCGAACUCAUCGAUUUUACAUCUUUCAUUAAAAAAAAAUAAUUAAGAGAUAUAUGCAACGAAUGGAUAGUGAUGAGCAUAAGGAAAGAAUUUUAUCUGCGACGAACAGAAAGAAAAAAUUCUGCGACGAAGUGUCGUGCGACGAAGUGAUCGUGCGACGAAGUGAAUGCGACGAAGUGAAUGCGACAAAGUGUCGUGCGACGAAGUGAUCGGUCACCAACCUAUCGCUGUACUCGGUGAUGCUUCUACUACUAUAGCUGUUCAUGGUUCUGUUCGCUUAUGUAUCUAUAUCAAUUCCAUUCCUACAUAUACUUCUGUCUUCGUAGUUGAUUCUCUAGGAGCUGAUCUUCUUCUUGGCAUGGACUGGUGUCAUAAUAAUAACGUUUCGUUACGUGUUCGUCAACAACAACUUUUCAUCCAGCAUCCUCGUUAUGGAGCUACUAUUGUUCCUUUUUGUGUACUCAAAAAGUGAGUACACUACUAAAAUCGGUCAGUGUGUCCGGCCGGCCGUCCGUCAGUCCGUCCGUCCAUCCGUUUAUCCGAUAACUUUCGAAAGGAGAGUCAGAUCGCGAUGAAAUUUUCUACACAGUUCAGUCUUUACAAUAUCUCGGUCGAGUUCGAAGAUGAGAAGAAUCCGUCAGAAAUGGCUGAGUUAUAAAAAAAAUGGUGAUUUUUGACCAGGCCAUCCCUGAGGGGGGGGGGGGUACGGGGAUUUUUCCAAAAAAAGUUUUUUGCUCAUAAUUAUUCACAAAAUACAUUAAUCGACUCAGUUUUUAACGCCGAUUCUGAAUCUGAUAUUAGUUUUGAAGCAAAUUAUAGUUUUUGUGUACUCAAAAAGUGAGUACAGUAUAGGAUAGUCAGUGGCCGUCCGUCCGGUCGGAUGUUUACAUGAUAGCUUUUGACAGCAGAGUCAGAUUGCGAUGAAACUUUCUACACACCUUAAUCUUAACAAUAUCUUGAUCGAAUUCGAAGAUGAGAAGGAUCGGCCGAGGCGCUCCUGCAUUAUUGCAAAAAUACGCAUUUUCCCCUAUGGCUUCCUAUGGAAAAGUCGACCCACUGCCACUUUCGUAAAGAACUUUUCCUAUCAUAGUCAAUUAAAACCCCAA